AUGCUAGGCAAGUGCCGUAUCACUGAUGUACACCCUAACGCCAGAAUCUCAUCAGGUUUUCUGCAAAGAAGCAAGAACACCCCUGUUGACAUCAAUAACCGUGAUAUGAUGCUAAAUAUCAUCAAUAGCUCCAUUACUACCAAAGUAAUCAGUCGGUGGUCUUCUUUGGCUUGUAAUAUUGCCCUGGAUGCUGUCAAGACUGUACAAUUGGAGGAAAAUGGUCGGAAAGAAAUUGACAUCAAGAAAUAUGCAAAAGUGGAAAAGAUACCUGGGGGCAUCAUUGAAGACUCGUGUGUCCUGCGUGGCGUCAUGAUUAACAAGGAUGUGACCCAUUCACGAAUGAGGCGUCAUAUAAAAAACCCUCGAAUUAUACUGCUGGAUUCGUCUUUGGAAUACAAGAAAGGAGAAAGCCAGACUGACAUUGAGAUUACACGAGAGGAAGACUUUGCCCGAGUCCUACAGAUGGAAGAAGAGUACAUUCAGCAGCUCUGUGAGGACAUCAUCCAGUUGAAGCCUGACGUGGUCAUCACAGAAAAGGGUAUUUCAGAUUUGGCUCAACACUACCUCUUGCGGGCCAACAUCACAGCCAUCCGUAGAGUUCGGAAAACAGACAAUAAUAGGAUUGCUAGAGCCUGUGGGGCCCGUAUAGUUAGCCGACCAGAAGAGCUGAGAGAAGAUGAUGUUGGGACAGGAGCAGGCCUGCUGGAAAUCAAGAAAAUUGGAGACGAGUACUUUACAUUCAUCACUGAGUGCAAAGACCCCAAGGCCUGCACCAUCCUCCUCAGAGGAGCCAGCAAAGAAAUUCUGUCGGUGAGUCAGCCUUAG